AUGCCUUGGACUCAUACUGUCCUCUCUCUUGCUCUGGUCGCUGGCAGCCUCGCUUCACCUAUGAUAGCCUCAACACAUGCACGCUCCGAGGGAAAGAUCGCCUGGGGCCCUUGUGAACUAGAAGGAACUCGUCCGAUUCAGUGCGGCAAUCUGAGCGUUCCCCUAGACUAUAGCAACCGUGAAUCGGGGGCAACUCUCAACCUCCAGCUUCUCAAAGUUCCCGCCCUUCACAGCCCCAAGAAGGGGAGUAUAUUGUUCAACUUUGGCGGACCGGGCCUGGGGUCACGAGCCUCAUUGGCUGGCAGCGCUAAGGUGCUUCAAACUCUAACUGGCGGCUACUACGACCUGAUCGCCCAUGAUCCACGUGGAACCGAAAACACUCUUACUUUUUCCUGUUUCAAAGAAAACAACGUGAGACUCGCUCAAUUCACUAAUAGUCGAGCUGGAGAGCUGGUUACCCCUGAUGACAAAAUGCCCCUGGGUAGACUCUGGUCCAGCCUCCUACUCCUCACUGAUACCUGCGACAGAUACCCUGAAUCGAAGGAGAGGGGCCAGCUUAUUAGCACUGCAUUCACUGCUCGAGACUUGAUGGAAAUAGUUGACGCGGUUGAAGAUGAUGGCCUGUUACGUUACUGGGGUUUAUCAUACGGUACAGCAUUAGGAGCAACAGUUGCCGCGAUGUUCCCUGAUAGAAUUGACCGCAUUCUCCUAGAUGGCGUUGUCAACCCUCAUCAGUAUCAUCACGCAUAUGAUAUCGAACUCUGGACAGACACGGACAAAGUAUUCUCGGCCUUUUUUGAACAAUGCAUCGAGUCCCCUAACGAAUGUGCUCUGGCAAGCCCAAACGCGAUGGCUGAUGGCCUGGAGACUAAGGUGUACAGCUUUCUAGACGAUAUCAAAUACCAGCCGCUCGUAUUCAAUGGCACAUUGAUUGACCAUAGCGUUGUAAAGAACUUGAUUCGGCCAACGCUGUACAACCCCGCUACAUGGCCUAUUUUCUCUAUGGCCUUAGACUCUCUUCUCAGUGGGAAUUUGACCAAAUUCUCCCAGCUUGCCACGUCGCUCUCUCCCCCCUGGGAGGGCGGGAUCCCAACUGAGUCUCCUUUUGGAAUUCCCUGCUCCGACAAAGAUAUAGGGAAAGAUAGCUUCGAUGAAAUUAUACCGACCCUUGAGGCACUCAACAAGAAGAGCAAACUUCUGGGCCAAGUUGGGACAGCUCUAGCAAUGGUGUGCGCUCAGUGGAGGAUUAAGGCCAAAGAACGUUACGAGGGUGAUUUCAAAGUCAAGACAAAACAUCCUAUGCUUGUUAUUGGCAAUACCUAUGAUCCUGCUACGCCUCUCGUGUCUGCCCGAAACGCCAGCGCGACAUUUCAAAACAGUAUUCUACUAGAGCAUGGCGGUUAUGGCUUCUUGAAGCUCACGAUUUUUACUAGCACUGCACCUUGA